AACGUAUUCCCAGGCGGUCUAUGCCUACAGCCAGGAGCAUCCAGUGGAGCAGAUUCGGUUUUAUCACUUGAUGUCCAUGCCGGAGGAGGAUAACUCCACAGACGACUCAACACAGCGUAAUGGCAGGUCCGCACAAGAGGAAUCGGAGCACCAGCAGCCAGCAGCUGAGCAGGCGCCUGACAAACGCAAAAGAAUCUACCAGGCUGAGGAGGGCUAUCUGGUGGAGGAGCCCACCUCAUCGGAGGACGACCAAGACGAGCGCAAAGAGGAAACGCCCAACAACAGCAGCAGCAACAAGAGCGGGCCAAAAGCGUCGCUACGCAACCGCCCGGUCUGGGGCUUUGGUCUGUGUCUGGUCGGGCCGUGUGUGGAGCCGUCCGAAACGGAAGAAGAUGCGACAGUUACUAUUUACGGGCUUCAACGCAUUUGGCCAGCAUGAAUUUGUAAACAGCCCCCGCGACGAGUGCGCCGCCAGUGCAGGUUUUCGUGAAAUAAGUGCGCACGACGGCGGCAAUAACAACACAAAGAACCAGUGCACGAUCUCGUUCGCUUGGCGUUACACCGCCUAUGCCCUGGGCCGGAAGUUGUGGCUGCGGGGCCUCCUCGAGACGGAGCCGGGCGAGUGCGUGAAAGUGGAAGCGCCUGGAGAGAUAAAAGCCUUGGCCGCUGGCGACUCGCACUGCCUGGUUCUGCUGUGCACUGGCGAGCUGUACAAAAUCCAGCCCAAAUUGGAGGCAACACUGCAAGCGAUUAGACUGGAAAAUCCCCCCCGACCAAGUACGGCAACGAAACGAACUAUUUUCGGUGCGGUCAAGGCUCCAGCGCCUCCCAGCAUCGAGCACAUAGCCUGCGGAACGAACAUCAAUGUGGCAGUGAGCUCUGAGAAUGCGGUGUACUCCAUUCCCAGCUGCCUGCAUCAGUUCCCCGAUCGCCAGUGGCGAGUCCAACAGUUGAUAUGUGGCCAUGAGCAUGCUCUGCUUCUUAAUGGAAACGGCGAUGUGUACACCUGGGGAAAUGGACUUCGCGGACAGCUGGGACAAGCGGCGUUAUGUGUGGAAGAGACGCCCCAAUUAAUAGAGUCGCUAGCGGGGAUCAAAAUAACUGGCAUUGCUGCCGGCGGAUGGCACAGUGCGGCCAUAUCCGCAUUCGGAGAUCUCUACACUUGGGGUCUCAACUGCAGUGGACAACUGGGCAUGCGCGUCAUGAAACCCAAUGGCCUGCAGAAGGAGCCCACCGUGUAUCCCCUACCUCAGCUGCACGAUCUGCCCGACUGCUGCUGCUGCUCCAGCAGAGAGAGUGGGAAUGAAGACACAGACGUCUGUGAGCCUCUCAAAGUCUUCGCCGGCUCUCGUCACACCUUGCUGCUUCGACGGUGUGGGAGGCUAUGGGCUAGUGGCUGGUGCAUCCACGGUCAGUUGGGCAAGCAACUGUGUGAGCAGAACUUUUUGGACGCAUUCCAAGCUCUACAUGGAGUUGAUGCAGACCGCGAUGUCGUCAACGUUCUCUGUGGCCCUUGGGCAACGCUGCUCAUGGUUACGCAAAAGAAGAGUGUUUCCACUGAUGAUCCCAUAUCCUGAGUGUUCUGGUCAUCA